AUGAAACAGUGGCCGGAGGAGGGAGAACGAGUUGGCGAAAGGUUACGAAAAAAACUGUCCAACACCGCCUGUUUCUUGGCUGUUUCCAGCGACUACGGUGGCGGAUCGGGGGAGCUAAAGGCUGGGGCUGGAAGAGGGAAGUGUGGUGGUUCUAAAGGGACUGGUCUUGCUUCAAUUGGUAGCCGGAGUUGA